AUGGCUGUCACUACUUAUACGGAGAACAUGGAUUUCUCAACCUUUUCCAACAUCAUCAAUGGCCAAACCAGAGGUACUGCCGCCACACGUCAUGGCAUCAACCCUUCAACAUGCGAGGCGUUGCCAGACUGUCCUGUGUCAACCCAAACAGACGUUGAGGAUGCUAUACAAGCAGCCCGCUCUGCAUUCGAAAGUUGGAAAACGACGCCUAUUGAGGUUCGAAAAGAGAAGAUCAAGGGCUUGGCAGAUGCGCUCGCGGCAGAGAAAGCAGAAUUCGCGCGUCUGCUUAUAGCGGAGCAGGGAAAGCCUGCUAUGUUUGCCGACCAUGAGAUCGGCCGUGGAGUUCACUGGCUCACUGGGACGUGUGAGCUUGAUAUGCCCGUGGACGAGGUAGAUGACGAUCCAGAGAGACGCAUCUCGACUCGUUAUGUCCCCCUGGGAGUAGUUGCCGCGAUAGUCCCGUGGAAUUAUCCCAUCAUGCUUCUGUGCGGAAAGCUUGGUCCAGCACUGAUGGCAGGCAACUGUAUUAUUGUCAAGCCCUCUCCCUUCACACCCUACUGUGGCAUCAAAAUAGUCGAGCUUGCACAGCGAUUCUUCCCACCUGGCGUUGUGCAGGUCUUGAGCGGAGGCGAUGAUCUAGGCCCCAUGUUGACAGCCCACCCAGGCAUUGAUAAAAUCAGCUUUACUGGCUCCACAGCCACGGGCAAGAGGGUCAUGGAGAGCGCAAGCAAGAAUUUGACCAGGGUUACUUUAGAGCUGGGAGGCAACGAUGCUGCGAUUAUCUGUGCAGAUGCAGACAUAGAGAACGCCGCUUCACAAAUUGCAGUGGCCGCAUUUAUGAACGCGGGUCAGAUCUGCAUUGCUGUCAAGCGGAUUUAUGUCCAUAAAGACAUAUAUGACGCUUUCAAGGCCUCGUUCAUCAAGCAUGUAUCACAGCUCAAAGUUGGCGACGGGUUUGCAGAUGGCAUCUUCAUGGGACCAGUCCAGAAUGAACUCCAAUUUCAGCGUGUCAAGGUGCACCUCGAUGACAUAGCAAAAAAUGAUUUCGCUGUCUUGAAGGGCGGAGACAUGUCAGAGGGUCUGCAGAAAGGGUACUUCAUCCAACCUACCGUUGUGGAUAACCCGCCAGAUGAUAGCAAGAUCGUGACCGAAGAACCCUUUGGGCCAGUAGUGCCUUUACUGAAGUGGUCUGGGGUAGACGAGGUCUUGUCCCGUGUCAACUCAAGCGACAUGGGCUUGGGAGGUUCAGUUUGGACGGCUGAUGAAGAGCUUGCGAUGCGUAUUGCUGAUGGACUUGAUGUCGGCAGUGUUUGGUUCAACGAGCAUCUAGCUAUUGAACCCAAAGCUACAUUCGGAGGUCACAAGAACAGUGGCUUAGGACGUGAAUGGGGUGUUGAUGGGCUGCGAGGAUAUUGCAACUCCAAGACAUAUUUUAUCAAGAAGAGCAAGUAG